GGACAUGUGCUAAUAAUGCCCUAAGCCGGUUAUAAAGACGUGGAAAUUGGGGGGAGAAAAAAAAAGGGGGGAAAAGGGUCUGUCCUUCCUGGGAUUCCUAGCCAAGGCCAGUCUGCUGCCGUGUGCGUGUGCGUCAGGGCUCUCCGGGCUGCAAUGGGGGCUUGAGAGCCGGGUCCCCAGCGCCGGGAAGGGAGCGCAGUGGCCGUCACCGCCACCGCCCCGGAGUCCGGCGCCGAAGCCGCGGGCGGGCGGGAGGGCACCGGCUAAGGCCGGAGCUGCUUGGCGCGGCACUGUGCGGUGCAGCGGCGGCGCGGCGCGGUGCGGGCUUUUCUCAGGCGCCCCGGGGUCGGGUGGCCACCGGCGCGGCCGCGGGCGCUGAGCGCGACGGUGGCGGUGGCGGCGGCGUGCGUGCCAGGGGCUGGGGGCUCCGCCGCCUCUUCUGCGGCUCACCGAGCUCCGCGCUUCCCUCUCUCCAGGGCAGGCGGCUUCUCAGAGUUUUCAGGUGGCGAAACUGACUGGUCUGGUUAGAACGCGUCCAAGCCAAGCCGCAGUGCUGUUUGGAUUUUUAAAUUUCUCCUUCUGAGUGAGAAAAUAGCAAUCGAGAUGGAACCAUCCGCACAAGAGCUCCAGCUGGCAGCAUCAUCUUCUGACAAUUUAUCCAACUUCUGCCAAGACUCUGAAAUGCCAACAACUUCGAGGCCUGCACUUGAUGUCAAGGGUGGCACCUCACCUGUGAAGGAGGAAGCCAACCAAGAGAUGAGCGCCAUGGCCUACUCUAACCUUGCGGUGAAAGAUCGCAAAGCAGUGGCCAUUCUGCACUACCCUGGGGUAGCCUCAAAUGGAAGCAAGGCCAGUGGGGCUCCCACUAGUCCCUCGGGAUCGCCAGUAGGCUCUCCUCCUGCCACCCCUCCCGCUAAAUCCCCAUCCUUCAACCUGAACCCUGCCCCUCACUUGCUGGCCAGUAUGCAGCUGCAGAAACUUAAUAGCCAGUAUCAUGGGAUGGCCGCCGCCACUCCGGGCCAACCCGGGGAGGCAGGGCCCCUGCAGAACUGGGACUUGGGGGCUCAGGCAGCGGGAGGGGCGGGAUCACUCUCUCCUUCUGCUGGUGCCCAGAGCCCUGCUAUCAUCGAUUCGGACCCAGUGGAUGAGGAGGUGCUGAUGUCGCUGGUGGUGGAACUGGGGUUGGACCGAGCCAAUGAGCUUCCGGAGCUGUGGCUGGGGCAGAAUGAGUUUGACUUCACUUCGGACUUUCCAUCUAGCUGCUGAUCCCAAAUGUCCCUAAAGAUGGAGGAAUAAAGCCACCAAUUCUGUUGUAAAUAAAAAUAAAGUUACUUGCAAAGAGACAGGCCAA